UACUAUUUUAGUAUUUUGUCUUCGAUUUCCACGUCCCACCAGAUGUCAUGUUUGACAAGAUCAUCAAGCUCUCGGUUAUUCAUUCUAAAAACCUUUUAAGAAGCGGGACGUUGGUGGGAACCUUUAAGAUGGAUGUUGGGACUGUUUACUCUCAACCCGAACACCAGUUCUACCACAAAUGGGCCGUCCUAUCUGAUCCCGAUGACAUCACAGCGGGGUGCAAAGGAUAUGUAAAGUGUGACAUUGCAGUUGUCGGGAAAGGUGAUAACAUCAAGAUGCCGCAUAAAGCCAAUGAGACGGAUGAGGAUGACAUAGAAGGAAAUCUGCUCCUCCCAGAAGGCAUCCCAGCAGAGAGGCAAUGGGCGAGAUUUUAUGUGAAGAUCCACCGAGCUGAAGGACUUCCUAAAAUGAACACCAGCAUCAUGGCGAAUGUGAAAAAGGCUUUUAUUGGAGAAAACAGAGACCUUGUUGACCCCUAUGUUCAAGUGCAGUUUUCUGGGCAAAAGGGAAAGACUUCGGUCCAGAAGAGCAGCUAUGAACCAAUCUGGAAUGAGCAAGUCAUCUUCACAGAGCUGUUCCCUCCUCUUUGCAAGAGGAUCAAGGUGCAGAUUAGAGACUCGGAUAAGGUCAAUGACGUUGCCAUAGGAACCCACUUCGUCGAUCUACGGAAGAUCUCAAAUGAUGGUGAUAAAGGUUUUUUGCCCACGCUGGGUCCAGCCUGGGUCAACAUGUACGGCUCCACCCGUCAGUACACUCUGAUGGAUGAGCACCAGGACCUAAACGAUGGUCUUGGCGAAGGUGUGUCCUUCAGAGCACGCCUCCUUAUUUCGGUAGCCGUGGAGAUCCUGGACACUACGUCGCCUGAAAUCAUCUGCUCAACUGAUGUUCAGGUGGAGCCUGUCUCCAACAUUUCAGAGAGUGCCACGGGGAAAAUGGAGGAGUUCUUCUUGUUUGGUUCGUUUCUGGAGGCUACUAUGAUCGACAGAAAGAUUGGUGACAAACCGAUAAGUUUUGAAAUCACAAUAGGAAAUUAUGGCAACCACAUUGAUGGCGUGAGCAAAUCCUCCUCUGUGAAGAAGAAAAAGAAGGAAGACGAGAAUCAGGAGGAGGAAAAUGAGCUGAUCCAAAACUCCAGUGAGGAUGAGGCUGAUGAAGAUGCGGACCUCACCUCAGUCUCCUCGACUCCUCCCAUGAAGCCUUUCAUCACAGACAGAAACUACUUCCAUCUGCCCUACUUUGAAAAGAAGCCAUGUGUCUACAUCAAGAGCUGGUGGCAGGAUCAGAGGAGACGGCUUUAUAAUUCAAACAUGAUGGAUAAGAUUGCAGACAAGUUGGAAGAGGGCUUGAAUGAUGUUCAAGAGAUCAUUAAGACAGAGAAGGCCUUUCCGGAGCGCAGACUCAGGGGAGCUUUGGAGGAGCUCACAAUUGGAUGCAGUCGGUAUGUGACACUUGCCAACAAAGAUGUGAACCUAGCAGGCAGAACUAAGCUUGAUCGAGAGCGGCUCAAGUCAUGCAUGAGAGAGAUGGACAGCAUGGGACAGCAGGCCAAGCAGAUUCGCACACAGGUGAAGAAAAACACGGUGAAAGAAAAACUCAAGCUGGCGCAGAACUUCCUGCAGAGACUCCGUUUCCUUGCCGACGAGCCUCAGCACAGCAUCCCAGAUGUUUUCAUCUGGAUGAUGAGUAACAACAAGCGCAUCGCCUAUGCCCGAAUUCCUUCCAAAGACAUUCUGUUCUCUGUGGUGGAUGAAGAGACUGGCAAAGACUGUGGAAAAGUCAAAGCAGUCUUCCUCAAGCUGCCUGGUAAAAAGGGGUUUGGCCCUGCUGGCUGGACAGUCCAGGCUAAGCUGGAGUUAUAUCUGUGGCUCGGCCUCAACAAGAGCCGGAAGGACUUCCUAAAUGGUCUCCCGAAUGGUUUUGAAGAGAUCAGAGCCACCAAAACAGGCCAUGGGCUUCCUCCAGUCACCCUCGUCUAUGACAUGAAGCAGGUGUUUCAGCUCCGAGCUCACAUGUACCAGGCCCGCAGUCUGUUUGCUGCUGACAGCAGUGGGCUUUCAGACCCCUUCGCUCGGGUUUUCUUUUCCUCACAAAGCCAGGUUACUGAGGUUCUAAAUGAGACGCUCUGCCCCACGUGGGACCAGCUGCUGGUGUUUGAUGAUGUCGAGCUGUUCGGAGAGGCUACUGAGCUCAGAGACGACCCUCCAAUCAUUGUUGUUGAAUUCUAUGACCAAGACACUGUGGGAAAGGCAGAGUUUAUAGGUCGGACGUUUGCAAAGCCCACCAUUAAGAUGUGUGACGAGCCUUAUGGACCCCCAAGGUUCCCCCCACAGCUGGAGUAUUACCAGAUAUACAGAGGGAACAGCAUUGCAGGAGAGCUGCUGGCUGCUUUCGAGCUACUGCAGAUACCUUUUGAUGCGGAGGAGAUCAGGCGAGCUCUAAUCGCUGUCCAUGACUUUGCUGUUCCUCAAAUAAAGGUUGGUCAAGGGGGCAGGGCUGACCUUCCUCCCCUCGAAGGGCCGACGGACUCAGAGCGCGGACCCAUCCUUCCUGUUCCCCUGGGCAUACGUCCCGUCCUGAGUCGCUACCGCAUAGAGGUAUUAUUCUGGGGAUUAAGGGACCUGAAAAGGAUCAAUUUGGCCCAAGUUGAUCGACCCCGGGUGGACAUCGAGUGUGCAGGUCGAGGAGUUCAAUCUGUCCUCAUUCAGAACUACAAGAAGAACCCCAACUUCAGCACCCUGGUCAAAUGGUUUGAAGUGGACCUGCCAGAAAAUGAGCUUCUCCAUCCUCCUCUUAACAUCCGGGUGGUGGACUGCAGAGCAUUCGGACGCUACAUCCUGGUGGGGUCCCAUGCUGUUUCCACCCUCAGACAUUUUAUUUACAGUCCUCCAGACAAAAGCUGCAACAAUUGGGCCUCUGCAGCUAAGCUAAUGAAUGGCUACAUGGUUCUAACCAAUGGCUGCUCCCAAGCUCGCUCAUCACCCAGCUUUUCUUCCCGCACCUUCUCUCGUCCCGCAGGUGACAUCUCCGUCAACCUAGAAGCCGAACCCCCAAUCCGAAAGAUGGACACAGUUGUCAAGUUGGACGCUAUGUCUGAUGCUGUUGUAAAAGUUGACAUGAACGAAGACGAGAGUGACAAAGAAAAAAAGAAGAAGAAAAAGAAGAAGAAGGGAGGAGUAGAGGAGGAGGAAGAGACAGAUGAGCGAGUGCUGGACUGGUGGUCCAAGUAUUUUGCCUCCAUUGAGACGCUGAAGGAGAACCUCAGAUCCCAGGAAGCAGCUCAAGCAGAGGCAGAGGAGAGAGAAGACCUCGAGAUAGCAGCUGAGGCAGCAGAAAUCAGACCCGAUGACCUCCAUCUAAAAGGCUCCAAAAUGAAAGAAAGGUUCAAAGAGAAGAAGAGCUCCAAGCAGAAGAGGAGUCAUGCUGCAGACAGCUCAGAGAAGCGACCCCCUAAAGCAAGAGUGGAUGAGCUAGUGGUGUACAACAAAGAGCUGGAGAGUGAGUAUGGCAACUUUGAGGAUUGGCUUCACACGUUCAACUUGUACAGAGGAAAAGCUGGAGAUGAUGACGAACACGCCCUGGAUGAUGACAGGAUUGUAGGCAGAUUCAAGGGCUCUUUAUGUAUGUACAAAGUACCGCUUUCUCAGGAGAUUACAAGAGAAGCUGGGUAUGAUCCCAAUAUGGGGAUGUUCCAGAGCAUUCCGCAUAAUGACCCCAUCCACGUUCUUGUUCGUGUCUAUGUGGUCAGGGCCACAGACCUUCAUCCAGCUGAUAUCAAUGGGAAGGCUGAUCCUUACAUCGCCAUUAAGCUGGGCAAAUCAGAAAUCAAAGACAAAGAGAACUACAUCUCCAAGCAGCUCAACCCUGUAUUUGGCAAAUCCUUUGACAUCGAAGCCACCUUCCCCAUGGAGUCGAUGUUGACAGUGUCUGUGUAUGACUGGGAUUUGGUCGGCACAGACGACCUGAUUGGAGAAACAAAGAUUGACCUGGAGAAUCGGUUUUACAGCAAAUUUAGAGCCACUUGUGGCAUUGCGUCCAACUAUUCUAUGCAUGGUUACAACAUUUGGCGUGAUCCUAUGAAACCCAGCCAGAUCCUAGCUAAGCUCUGUAAGGAAGGGAAGAUCGAUGGACCUCAUUAUGGGCCUGGAGGCAAAGUCAAAGUCGCGAAUCGAAUCUUUACUGGACCAACAGAAAUAGAGGAUGAAAAUGGUCUGAAGAAGCAAACAGAGGAGCAUUUAGCCCUGAGCGUGUUGAACCACUGGGAGGAGAUCCCAAGAGUCGGCUGCAAGCUUGUUCCUGAACAUGUGGAGACCAGACCUCUUCUGAACCCGGACAAACCUGGAAUCGAACAGGGGCGACUUGAGAUGUGGGUGGACAUGUUUCCAAUGGAUAUGCCCGCUCCUGGACCUGCAAUUGAUACAUCACCACGGAAACCAAAGAGAUAUGAGCUCAGGGUGAUUAUUUGGAAUACUGAUGAAGUAAUACUGGAAGACGAUGAUUACUUCACUGGGGAAAAGUCCAGUGACAUAUUUGUGAGGGGAUGGCUGAAAGGGCAGCAGGAAGACAAACAGGACACAGAUGUGCAUUACCAUUCCCUAACUGGUGAGGGCAACUUCAACUGGCGCUUUGUCUUCCCAUUCGAUUACCUCGUGGCUGAGGAGAAGAUUGUCAUCUCUAAGAAAGAGUCUAUGUUCUCCUGGGACGAAACUGAAUACAAGAUCCCUGCUCGUCUCACAAUGCAGGUCUGGGAUGCCGACCACUUUUCUGCUGAUGACUUUCUCGGGGCCAUUGAACUGGACCUGAACAGGUUCCCCCGCGGUGCAAAGACAGCCAAGCAGUGCAACCUCGACAUGAUCCGAAAUGAGCAAGAGCUUCCCACCAUUUCUAUCUUCAAGCAGAAAAGGGUCAAAGGCUGGUGGCCUUUUGUGGCACGUGAUGAGAACGACGAGAUGGAGCUCACAGGUAAAGUUGAGGCUGAGCUUCACCUUGUGACUGCAGAGGAAGCAGAGAAAAGUCCUGUGGGACUGGGGAGAAAUGAGCCGGACCCACUGGAGAAACCAAAUCGCCCAGACACCACCUUCCUGUGGUUCCUGAGCCCGCUGAAAGCCAUCCGCUACCUGGUGUGCAACCGCUACAAGUGGCUGAUCAUCAAGAUUGUGCUGGCCCUGCUGCUGCUCAUCAUGAUCGGCCUCUUCCUCUACAGCAUGCCAGGCUACCUUGUCAAGAAGCUGCUGGGAGCUUAGGGCAAUGCUGGGAGAAAGGGGAGGAUAAUGGGGAGGGUGGGGCUACUAGGGGAUCCACUACUGGUAGGGAGAAAGACUCUUCUCAUCAAAUUCACUCUAGUUUUUGUAACACUACUUAUUGCUUUCGAAUAAGCAUCUGGACUUCAUCCUUGAACUGCACAGCAAUCUGAAACUACAAAAUAACCCCUGAUUUAUGCUUCUGUAACAAUAUUUACAGUGAAUGUUUCUUUACCCAUUUGCACAGUGUUUUAUUCAUUAUUAACAUGGAAAACUGUCAGGUUAGUGGCUAGAUGGAGAUUCAUUUCAAGUGAUGCAACACGGCCUACAUUCACUGUCUGACUGAUCCUCAAGGGAACAAAUGAAGGGGACUCUUGAUAACACUUUGACUUCCGUCUGUUUGAGCAUUUAAAAGAAAUUCAUAAACAUUCAGGAAUUGGCUUUACAAUUCAUAAUUUAACUGCAAAAACAUGUAGUACACUUAAAGUAAAACUGAUGUUUUUAUUUUAUACUUUUAUAGUUCUUUAUAUUCUACCGUCUAUUUAUAUUUCAUCAACCGUAAGACCCACAGGGACAUUUUAUUUAAUAGAACAAAGCAAAAUACAGCGCUGUUAAGUUUUUGAAGUAUUUUUUCUGGUUUUGAAAUGUUUCAGGUCAUCAAAUAGAGGCUGAUGUCAUGCAAAGAUACCUGAAUAGAUACAAACAGCUGUUUUAAAAUACUAAUUUUAUUUAUAGAACACAAAAAGCUAUCUAAGCCAACCUAGCUUUGUGUGAAAAAGUAAUCACCAUGGUGGUGUAAACAUGAACUAAGUGUGAUCAAUCAAUCUUUGUAGGCUCAUUUCAAUUACAGGUUGAAUUCUGGCAGAAUGAUAAAGUCACUUUAUCAUUCUGUAACCUUACAAACAGCAAAAAGGAAGAAAGUGUUAGAAAGACAAUUCUAAGGUUUUGGUUCAUCCUGGUGAACCAAAAUUACUUCAAGAGAGCUUCGAUAAUUCAUCCAAGAGGUCAUUUGACAAAAACAACCCAAAACAACAUCUAAAAUAUUACAGACCUGUUUUGUUUCCUAUAAUUUUGGUUUAGUUUUUCUUUCGCUAAUCAUGAAAUCAUCAUUAUAAACAGCUGUUUAGAUGUGUUCGAGUUGUUUAAAUGUGAUAAAAGUAAAAACCAGAAAAACUCUUCAAGGGACAGCACUGUAUAUUUGCAGACAUCGAAAUCUUUCCAGCUUAUCUUACAGGUGGUUAUUGUUUAUAAAUGCUACAAAUAGGUUUAGAGUAAAGUGCUACAAUUUUAACUGUUAUAGUUGUUGCAGUUUUUGCGCACUUAAAUGAGGAUAAUAAUAAUAAUAAAGAAAGAGACGUUUUAUUUUCCUACUGAGUUCAAUGAGACAAAGAACAAAAUGACUUAAAAAUAUUCCAGGGAAGUAAUAAAAACUCUUUUUGUUCCGAUACAGUGUUAAAUAUUUAUUCAAUACACUGAGCUGCAGAUUGUUCAGAUUGGGUCAAACAGUGUUUGUCAAAUAAUUUCACUUCUAUUUCAAUAUCUAUACCUUUUAUUUUGACACACACUUUAGUUUCUUUUUGGGGGUUUUUCUGAUCUUGAUGAUCUUAAUCAUCAUUUCCAUGUGUAAUUGUGUACAUGUCGUUCAAGCCCCCGAUUUGUCUAAUAUAUUUAUUUUAACAGCAAUACUUGCAUAGCUUCACAAUAAGACCUACUGCGUGGAAGGACACAAAUUAAUUGCAAAUAUAGUUUGACCAGAUCUGAUUUAAAAGUCUUCAGCGUAAGAAACAAAUACUUCUGUUUUCACUCUUGUCUAGUAGAGACUUCUGUGUUAAUCUGCAUGCAUCGUUGUGAAAAGCGACCGGAGAGGUCAUGUGUGUUGGCAUGACUUGUCUUUCCAGCUCGAUGCAAACCAAAUCAUCCACCCUGUUGUCUUUAAUGUUACAAAUAAUGCAAAGAUAAGUUCAUGAUAUGAUGCAAGUGCAUUUGGAGCGUAAUAGGAAGUGAAAAAUGUUCAGCCUGUCUAUAAAUCAAAUGGCAUUUAGUGUGUGAUGUCCUCUUUGAACUUUAUCUGUGAUUCACCUCAUUUGUGUUGCAAUCUGUGUACUACCAAGUACAAUUAUGGUUUGCACUAAACUUGCCUGUUUUUUGAUGAAUUUAUGUAUUUAUAUGUGUGCAAUAUUUUUGUUUGUUUUAAAAUUUGAAAUAAACUGAA